UUUAAAAUGAAAUAGAGAUUUAGAGAUAAAUAGAACUUUACCUUACGCUAUGCAGAGUUGUGUCUCACGUAUGUAACAAGCAACACUGAAGUGUCUCACAAAAACUCCCAAAUGGGAAGUCCCAAAACUCGUCCACUACCAAAACCCAAAUCAAAUCUUUCACAACCCAUUUUGAUCCUUGCAUUUUCAAUUACUGGGAUUGCAUUCUUAUUCCUCUUCUCAUCUUUCAUUUCUACAAGUGGGUUUUCUUCCCCUUCUACUAAAAUCAUCCCCCAUGUCUUCAAUCAACCUAAAUCUAACUCCUUUCAACCAAAUCAAAAGUUCUUGUAUUGGGGUUAUAGAAUUGAUUGCCCUGGAAAACAUUGUGAUACUUGUGCUGGUCUUGGUCACCAAGAAUCUAGUCUUCGUUGUGCCCUUGAAGAGGCCUUAUUCCUUGAAAGGACUUUUGUGAUGCCUGCUCGGAUGUGCAUUAACCCAAUACAUAACAAAAAAGGGAUAUUGCAUCAAAUGAGUAAUGUGAGUACAGAGAAGGGGUGGAUGGCUACCUCCUGUGCAAUGGAUUCUUUGUACGACUUGGACCUUAUAUCCCAGAAGAUACCCGUGAUUUUAGACAAUUCAGAAUUAUGGCACCAAGUAUUAUCAACCACCAUGAAGUUGGGUGCCAGAGGUGUGGCUCACGUGGAAGGGGUUAAUCGGGUUGAGUUAAAGAAGAAUUCUCAAUAUGCCAACCUCUUGCUUAUUAAUAGAACUGCAAGUCCUCUUGCAUGGUUUGUGGAAUGCAAGGAUAGGCUAAAUCAUAGUGCUGUUAUGCUGCCAUACGAUUUUCUUCCAUCAAUGGCAACUAAGAAACUUAGAGAUGCUGCUGAUAUGAUAAAAGCGAUGCUUGGUGACUAUGAUGCUAUCCAUGUCCGUCGGGGUGAUAUAUUGAAAACAAGGAAAGAUAGAUUUGGUGUUGAAAGAAGCCGACAUCCUCAUGUUGAGAGGGAUACAAGGCCAGAGUGUAUUCUUCGAAGAAUUGCGAAAUGGAUUCCACCUGGACGCACCCUUUUCAUUGCAUCGAAUGAGAGGAAGCCUGGAUAUUUUUCACCCCUUGCGGCCAGGUACAAAUUGGCAUAUUCAUCAAACUACAGUAGAAUCUUAGAUCCUGUGAUAGAGAAUAACUACCAGUUGUUCAUGAUAGAUAGGCUGAUUAUGAUGGGAGCAAAAACUGUCAUCAACACCUUCAAAACUGAUGAUUCAGAUAUGAGUUUAAGUGAUGACCCAAAAAAAAAUACCGGCGGAUGGAUGGAAGUUGUUCGUACCGAGAGUUGCUGAAGACUGAAGACAUGAGAAUCAUGUUCAUCAACUUAUUGCUCUUGCAAGUCAAAUACGACUGAUUACUGUGCAGACGUUCACCCUACAUGAUAUUGCAUGACUUCAUGCAACAACCGAAGGGGGAGACUUGUUGAGGGCCCCCUUAAGCUUCUUGCAUAAAUUUUAGAGGUUUCGGGGUGUUAGUAUUGUGUUGCGAUUGUAUAUUUUUUGCGCUUAUUUUGACCGUUAACAAAGAUCUUAUGUGGGUGGAUCGGGUUUAAAUGUUGUCCCUUUGCCCAUUGGCGAUAUUUUCUUCAAAGAUGAGAAAAUAUCACAUGAUAUCAUGUAAAUCUUAUGAUGUUGAGCAAAAUGUUUCUUUGCUAUCGGUGUGUUUUCUCCA